AUAGUCAUUUUAUGAAGCGUGGGAUUUUAAAAAUGAUCCAUAAAAAAUGUAGAAAUAGUAUUUAUCCAUCAUCGAAUGUUAAAAGAUUUACGGUUCCCGAUGAGAAAGUUUUGUGGAAUACAAGUUUUUCGGAAUAUUGUCCUGUUGAAUAUACAUCAAAAGUUUUACAAGGAAAGCCUUGGGCUGAUCCAAAUAUUGAAGAUUCAAAUUUUCAACCUAAAUGGAAUACGGUCGAUAUCACUGGUAAAAUUAAUCGAGUAAGUUUUGUAACUCUGUAUUCCAUUGACAAAAACAAUUGUCCUCUGAAUCCAAUUGGACGUACUGGGAUCAAAGGUAGAGGUAUAUUGGGACGAUGGGGUCCAAAUCAUGCAGCAGAUCCAAUCGUUACAAGAUGGAAAAGAAAUAAAGAUAAGUGUGUGCAAAUGGAUAAAAUUACGAAUAAACCUAUAUUACAGUUUGUCAGUAUUCAAAGAAGAGAUUCGGGAGAAUGGGCCUUACCAGGUGGGAUGGUUGAUCCGGGUGAAAAAGUAACUGCUACAUUACUUAGGGAGUUUAUGGAAGAGGCUAUGAAUUCUCUUGAAAAAAAUCAGUCAGAGUUAGAAAAUGCUAAGCAAUGCAUGGAGAGAUUUUUCGAGCGUGGUGAAGAAAUUUAUAAAGGCUACGUUGAUGACCCAAGAAAUACCGAUAAUGCUUGGAUGGAGACCAUUGCCUUCAAUUUUCAUGAUGACAGCGGUGACACUUUUGGUAACUUAAGUUUAGAAGCUGGCGAUGAUGCAAAAAGUGUUAGAUGGACUGAUAUUAGUGACGAGUUAAUUCUUUACGCUAAUCAUAAAGAUUUUCUAUUGAAAUCGGCUGAAAAGCAUAAUGCUCAUUGGUAAAUAUUUUGUUUUA